AUGGAUUGGUUUAGCUUUGGCUAUGUAGCCAAAGUGGCCUUUGGAUCGCUGGUCUUUUUUGAGACUGUGCAAAUUAUAUACAACAUUUAUUUUCAUCCUCUGAGACACAUUCCCGGCCCAUGGCUGUUUCGCGCAAAGCGAUUAUUCUACGUUGUACGAUUUAAUCAGGGUAGGUUGUCGUAUGAUGUACAUAAAUGGCAUGCCAUAUAUGGACCGAUUGUGCGCAUCGCACCCGAUGAGCUUGCGUUUGAGGAUCCGGAUGCUUUCAAGGAUAUUUACGGGCGCCGUCCUGACGAUGAAAUGGCCAAACCGGACCGUUCAUAUCAUCUUAUAGGCGAGGCCCGCAGUAUAAUGAAUGAGACCAAAGAGAAACACGCUCGUCUGCGGAAACAGCUGGCUCUUGGAUUCAGCGAACGCAGCAUGCGAGACCAGGAACCCAUUAUUGGCAACUAUGUUGAUCUUCUCAUCAAGAGACUUCAUGAGCAUUGUAUUGACGGGGAUAAACUUGACCCCAUCACGGGCGAAAAGGCCAAGAGAGAAUUAAACAUGACGGCUUGGUAUGCUUGGACAACCUUUGACAUUAUCGGAGAUUUAGCAUUUGGCGAACCAUUUGGGUGUCUGGAACGUGCCAGGUAUGAUCCUUGGGUAGCCGCUAUUGGCAAAGCCGUACGCUUUAGUCCAGUGAUUCUGGGUGCGAAGCUCUUGGGCUACGAGUGGGCUUUGCGUCCUCUGCUGAGUAUGUUGAACAAGUACCGUCGCGAGCACAACAGGCUGUGCAUGGAGAAGCUGCAAAGGCGGAUGGCCAUGUCGGCUGAACGGCCGGACUUGAUUGAAGGACUGCUGCAAAAGGCCAAGGACUGGGACAUGGACGUUCGGCAAGUGAUGCAGAAUAGCAGCAAUCUCAUUAUUGCGGGCUCCGAAACCACGGCCACAGGUCUAGCUGGUAUUACAUAUUUACUGCUGAAGAAUCCGGACGCGCUACAAAAGGUUGUCCAAGAGGUCCGGUCCUGUUUCUCCUCUGAGGAUGAAAUCACGCUGCUGUCGGUCAAUAAUCUUCCAUUCAUGUUUGCCUGUAUAAAUGAAGCUUUGAGGCUAUACCCGCCUGUCGCCCUCGGUUUGCCUCGAAUCGUGCCAAGAGAAGGUGCAGUCAUUGCCGGGCAGUUUGUCCCCCAAGGAAUGACAGUUGGCACGUGGCAUUGGGCAAUUUACCACAGCAAAAGGCUGUGGGCCAAACCAUUCGAGUUCCACCCGGAGCGCUUCUUGCACGAUGCCAGCUUUGCCAAUGAUAGACUGGAUGCUUUGCAGCCGUUCUCGGUAGGGCCACGAAACUGCCUCGGCCGCAAUCUUGCGUAUGCUGAGAUGCGGCUGAUCCUCGCACGCAUCCUCUUCAACUUUGACUUGAAGCUUGUGAAUGAGGACGAGGAUUGGAUGGACCAGUGCACAUUUAUUCUAUGGGAAAAGGGGCCUCUAAAUGUAUACUUGACACCUGUUAAGAAUCAGCAUGGACAGCCCUCACUACGUACCAUGUACACCUGUGCUGCUACGGCUUACUGGGCACAGGCUGUUGACAUGACUGCAGCAUAUCAACGAGAACAAGAACAAGAACAAGAAAAAGAAAAAGAACAAGAAUACGCCGACCUGCUCCAAGAUGUGGAAGGCAUUCUACAUCGAGUCCGCUGUGCCGAUACGUUCCAGGUGCUUUUAUUGCUGGAGGGCUUGGGUGCUGCAAUGCGCCGCAACGCGAGUCGCUGUGACGGGCAGUGCACUGAGGCUGAUGAAGCUACAGCACGGCGCAAAGUCUUUGCGCCGGUGCUAGUCUGGACGCACGGCCAAAAGGGAAUUAUUCGUACAGACCCAGCCGCAAAGCUGGCACUCGUCGUACUGGCCCGUGAUGACAAUGUGGUGCUCAUCGGUCCGUCCAAAGUCACCGAGACUCGGAACCGCGUACCAAACCGUCCACCAGCGAUGCACGUGACGCGGCAAUUGGAACAGCCAUGGGCGAUCCCGAUUCCCCCAUCUCCCGAAUCACGGGCACCUGGUACCUAUCAGUGGGAAAAUGAGGGGGCCUGCUGGGCUUGCUGGGCGGGUGAAGGACUUGUACCUUGGCCCAAGCUUGGGCUUGCAGACAUUGCGAGACUUGCAAAUGUUGCCACAGUUGCAGACCGGAUGUGCUCUUUAUACCUAGUACCUAGUACCUAUAGAAUGAGGGAGUUGAUACACUGUUCGCAUGGGUAUGCGAUGACGUCCGGUGGCUUGGAGGAUUCGUCUUCAGAGUCACCCCUCGACCAAAUAUGCGCCAAUAGCGCGCUUGGACACUAUAAGGACGGGAGUUAG